AGAAAGAGACGAACGUGAAUUAAACUAAGAUUAAAGUUAAGCGACGUUUGGUGAAACUUGAACCCCCCUUGAAGAAUGCUUUGCCGCGCGCUAACGCCAUCUCGUAAACGUCGUAGCUGGGAAGUAACAAUUACGCCAAGGUAUGCGGCUUACAUGGUAAAGAUGGAAAUUUACCGCUCACAUUUAAAAAAACAGAAUAAAAGAAGGUUUAUUAUAAAUUCUAGUGCAAAUUCACGAGAAUAAAAAGUAUUAAAUACUGAAAGAGCUGUUGCAAUUUCAUUGACUCGUGUACGAAAAUGCGAAUGAUACAAGAUACUGUAAAUAUUAGACGUCUUGAAAUUUGCAACUUCUCUACGAGAAUGUGCGGCAUCUCGCCUGUCAAAUGACUGACAAUGUUGCGUAUUACGUUUGAUUACGUUCUCGUACGAGGCAUAAAAAUUACGGAUGGUCAUGACUGCCGCAUUUCUACACAAUUGUAAGAUUGGAAUUAAAUUUUAAUUUCUCUCGUCGCCCAUUAUGACGGAUGAUACGUCGAGCGAGAGCAUUUUAGAACGGCUAUUCGACUACGUACAACUAGGACUGGAAUGGAGUUCGGAGAAACUAGAGUCGGCGUGCCCUUCCAAAAAAAGAAAAACAAGAAAGAAAUGUAAAUUGGGACAAUCUGACGAAGAUACCGACAUAGGUCCACCUUGUACGGAGCAACGGCCAUACUAUACACUUCCUAGUCAAAUCUGUCCGAAAGCGGCAUCUUGCUGUUACAUAAAAAUGCAGGAUCCUUAUGCUCCAUGCUGCUGCGAGCCCAAGUCACAACCACUACCAUGUCCCCCUAAAUGUCGUCGGCAACAACGAGAACCAACCUGCGGCUGUGAUCUCUGCAAAAAGAGCGCCGAUAGCAAGUGCUGUGAUCCGAUCAUGGCUUUUCGCAGUGCAGCCAGCAAUUCCAAGUGUUUCGAAAAAGCGUAAAAAUUCAUAAGAUACAGUCCAGCGCAAGAUUACAUGCAAGAAAGCAUAAACGCUCAUACGACCCGAUAAUCUCUGUGGCCCCGAAGUUCUAGUGGUGACAUUUUACGCAACUGAUAGUGAUCCGCGGGUAAUGGUCCCCCCUCAAAUUCUGCUUUUUCUACGUGUCACAAUAUCAUCGACGAGAAAAACAAUAAUUUUAGUAAUUAAUGAUCGAAUAAUUAAUGGUCACCUUCGAAAUUAUCUUAGCGUAUUAAAGCUAUUUAACCCAGCAAGAAAUGACUUGUCGAUCGAUGCCGAAACAAUAUCGAAUCGACAUCGUUUCAACACAGAUCGACAAAUUAUUUCUCACCGGGAAAAUAUAUUCAAUUCGAAUAUAUAUUUUCAUUCGAUCUGUCAGAAUUUUGCUUACAAUUUUACAUCGUGUAUUUUUAUAUAUGUUUUAUAUAUAUUCUCAUUCUUCACAAAUCUUAUCUCUCUCUCUCUCUUAUUACAUAACAAAUAGAAUUCUAUCUUGAAUUCCGAUAUGUGUUAAUUAUAAAUCGCUUAGAAUGAUCUUAAAUAGAUUAAUCUGUUUCGGACAUAUGUAUUUCACAUUUGACAUCCGAGAAGUAGAGGACGAGUCUGUAUGUAAGGGUCACUUGAAUGAAAUCGAUUUCAAACGGAAGGAACCUGCGGGUUUCUGUUUACCACGCAGGAAUCACUGGAAUUCAAUAUUCUCCGAUACGAUCAUAACAGUAAAUGCGCGCGCAGUUACUCAGUUAUUCAGGGGGGAAAGUUAAAAUUAGGUGUUUCGCUCGCUUUCAGCCAGAAACACGUCAAACCAUACCGGAGUAAUCUUAUCGGUAAAGAGCAGGCGGAAGCACGCAGCGCGAUCGAGCCAGUUGUCUUCAAGCCACGCCCGUUCCAGCCGUCCGAAGAUUCCGUUGCUGUGAUUACACGUAAGUCGACAACAAAUGUGUCUCGAAUUGCAAUUUAUAUAUUAUGUCUCUCUGUCGCGUAUGUAUAAUACGUACAUACGCCAUGUUUCUGCGACCGGCCAAUUUAUGCCGCACAAUAUCUGCACGAGAAUUCUGCAACUUGCUAUCGAGCCCAGUGAGAAAUGAUUCGUCGAAACGACGUCGAUUCGACAUCAGUCGACGAGUCAUUUCUCGCUGGGAGGCUUUUCGGUAUCGUCAACUAGCAAUAACCCAUGGAAAGCUGAGUCUUUUUCGAAGAUCUUCUUUGCCAUUGUCUGUCGCUGAUUAAGGAUACAACAGAAGCAUUGAUAGCAAGUUACAGAAUCCCCAUACUGUAACGAUAUCUGCAUGGUAAUGGGGAGUUUAACGGACCCGUUACCAUAAGAUAAAUACGGGUCACUGUAUACGUUCGCGAUAAACAUGUAUUAUAGUUAUCAAUCGUUCGUGCAUCAGUAAUAUUUUCGGAUAUCUUCAGUGCCUCAUUGACCGACACGUAAUCGGGUUUUUCCGACGGCUGGCCCGGCUUCACCAGCGCCGUAAAACUUUUAUUUUUAUUGUCAGCUCAACUCAUUCCUUAUCUCUUUUCGAGGAAACAGAAAGAGAUAAACAUGUCCCCGGUGAAAAUUUUUCUCAGAAUCUUUCAUAAUUUUUAUGUAAAUUUCAGAAUUUUUAAGAUUUUUUUGCAAUAAUAUCAUAAGUUUGUACAAACAUUUUUAGACUUUUUGUACAAACUGGGACACUUUUCCGAAGUACCGAGGAAGUUUAUAUCUUUUCUAGAAUUUUUGAUAUGCAUGAUUUCUGAAAUUGCUCCCCUUGGGAAAAUAUACCUUGGAAUUUUCUCAGUAUUUCUGAAUAGUGUAUCAAUUCGUAUAAAAAUUCUGAGAACAAUUUUCACCAGGGGAAUUAAACUAAUUGCAAGAUUAAAGUUAAGCGACGUUUGGUGAAACCGGGCAUUAGGUCAAAACUUCCGUUUAUUACCGUUUCGAUUUCGCAAAAGCAAUCGAUCGCACGGAAAGCUCUCGAGUAGACCGUCUUUUGUCGUCGGACGACGUUUUGUUAACAGUCUGACGGACAAAUCGUUUAAAUCGUAUUAAAACCGGAGAGGCGUAUAUCUUUAAAGUUACGUAAUUAGUUUCUUAUCUUAUCAUCUCACGAAUCUAGUGAAUUAAAUCCUUCGAUUAUUGCGGCGAUAAUCACGGCGUACGUGCAAUGUUUGAGAACGGUAAGUUCCUUAAAGAAUUAAAGCCGACAUAUCUUUUUCCCGAAUUAACUCCGGAGCAAUUUCCGAUUUAAGCGAUGAAGAAGGAAAGAUUUCGCGAACUAAGCCCCGGGAUAUUGCUGCUUAAUAAUUAUUCACACUUUACUCUGAUCUGUAUCGAUAUUAUUACUAUCCUUGUCUUAUUAAAAAGCAAUCAAUUAGCAAUCGAUCAAUAAUAUGCUGUUAUCAGUCCCGUUAAUAAUAGCAAUCAAUUGUUAUUACGUUUCGCGCCGAGUAAAAUUUUAAUGAAUAAAAAAUCCUCGAUAAAUGGAAUC